UCAAAAAUCUUAGUUUUAGCAGCUCCCUUUACACAAUUGCAUCAAUAAAUCAAGCUUUGAAUCGCAAUUGGCUCUGGAUGACGCUUUAGCUAGAUCAUUGCAGUUAGGGGAUGAUUUUGAGGAUUUCUGUAGAGAUGAGCUUAAUUCUACUGUGGCUGGUAUAUUGGCAAGGUUUUUCUAUGGAUGUGCAUAAGAUUGUGCAAGUGGAUCUCAAAUUUCCUACCAAAGCAAUUGUCUCAGCAGUUGCCAAGGACUUCAUUGAUGCUUGUAAGGAUUCUACUCUGGAAAAGGUACUUGGGCAUACUUGGAUUGUGCAGAAUGCAGAUCCUUCAGGUGUUCAACUAUUCGUUCUCCCAGAGAACCUUAUAGGAGUUUUGCUCUUUUAUAGUAAGCGCAUAGCUGAAAAAGCUUGGUUGAGCUUUUAA